GUACUGCGAUGAUUAUAUUUUGUCUUCCGAAGACUCAACCUGUUUAUCAGGUAAUGAAAGUAUAUACAUUGUAUCUAACGGCACAAUAUUUAAUCAUGCCAUCGAUCAACAAAAUUUCAGCAUGUACAAAAGGAAUUUGUCAACAUUAAUUAAUCCAAAACGUCUGCAUAAUUUGUUGUUAGAAAUGAAUGAGACACGGAAUCAGGCUCAACAAUCAUACAAAAAUGCUUUAAAAGUGAGAUUAUUUAACUUAGAAAUGGAUUCUGGUGAUGCUGUCAAGUGGAGUUUAUUGUUUACAGUUACACUUGUAUUAGUUAUAACAAUUGGAAUGAUAAUUUUUAUCCGAAAAGCAAUCGGUUGUAUACCAAAAAUUACAUCAUAAACAACAUAAAUAUCCUUGAACACAAUUUCACUAAUCGUAUAACAUUUUACACAAGCUUGUCUAUCGUUACAGUUAUACUAUAAUGUAGCAUCUGUCCAGUCUUUAUUUGUCUAUAAAUUGAUGUCGCAUAAAUUUUAGUUUUAAGCACAAGAAAAUGAAAUAGGUAUAGUGCAGAAAAUUUUUCAUAUUGUACAAGAGUUGUUUCACUACAACAAAAUUGCGCCAGUCUACAAAGUUCAUGUUGCUCGCAAAGUUGAAAACAGAUUAAAUGAACUGAAUAUUUAUUUUAAUCUACUCAUGUCUGGUGUACUCCAAGAAUAGUAAAACACCUAGCAGUAAAGCUUUGUUCGUAAGCCGAUAUCACUGUAAGUUUGAACAUAAAAGAAAAAAGAAGCAAACUGUCGAUUGAACAUGCUCUUAGUUAGACUAAAGAACUAGCAGUAAUAUUACACAGUCAUUAACUAAGAGACAAUUGCUCAUAUAAACGUAAAAGCAAGCUGUUCAUUCAUUUUAUUCCAGUAGAAAAGAAUCAGAAAUAUAAGUCAUGGUAUCUGACGAAAUCAGGUUUAACAAAAAUAGUAGAAAAUUACAGGACUAUUUCAAAGGAGCACAUAUAUAGGCACGCAAAAAGAUUUAUAAGCAAAAAAGUACAUGUAAAAAACGAGACAAUCUCGUAUAUCUGACAACAAAUAAACAACGCAGGUAUAAUAAAAAUACUAGAAAAUAUCUGAUUACGUAUCAUAUACACACACAUCAAUCUGACCACAUAUCAUACACACACAUACAAAAUCACGCCAUUUUUACCCACUUUCUUCUUCUUCAGAAAAAGAAAGUCUUUUUGGAUCAUAAUGUGCAUUAUUCACACCAAUCCAAAAUAAAAAGACCGAUGAUAAAAAGGUCAAGCCUAAGCUUGACCAAAAUGGUAAACCAAAUGUUUUACGUAAGCGAUUCAUAAUAAAAUACCAAAAGAACACAUUCACACCUGGUAUAAAAAAAACAACCACAAGAUACGGUUUUUCCUUUAUUUUGACUAUUUUCAAUAAAUAGAAACAGUUAACAACCGGUAAUAGAGCUAGAUAUCCACUGACACCUGCUUUUUCGAAGACAUUAACUAAACCAAUAAAAAACAUUGUUAGAAAUAAACCCGUAUAAAAAAUAUCUAAGCUGGAGCCCAGAGAAGUAAUCCACCACCAAAUAUCCAUUGGCAUACAAAAAUGUAGUUAAGAGAAAACAAAAUUAUACUCUUAAAUUUUAAAUGGAGAAAUAGUACUAAUUCAUUUGAAAAUCCAAAAGAGAAAAGUGUAUGUUCAUCUAAAAAUCCGGAGAGAAUAACUUCAGUUUACCGUUAUAUUAACGCAAGAUUAAAAACAAAGGCCGAUGAAAAAGACAAAAAUUUCAUUGUUAAAAACUUUAUUUUCAAUUCUGCUCGCACGGUAAAACGAGAGAAACACGCAAGAGACAAAAAAAGACAUCAUUUCUAUAGUUUACCGUAGCCAUUAUGGCAUUCUGUAGACUCAAUAAUAACGUUUCUUGGACCUAAAAAAUUUAACGGCAUUUUAUAAGCUAAAAGUAGCGCAAAACGUCUAUGUUUCACAAAUUAGUUAUCUGUAAAAAAACCUAGAGCCAAACGUAUGUAGGAAAGUUGAGAGAGGGCGCUGUAUAAAAAAUGACAGUAAAACGAUGAGUCAUCGGGUCAACAACACUAACUAAGCAGUUAUUAGAAAUAAAAGAAAAUUUCUUGGCGAAUAAUCAGACUUAUUUUGAAGCUUAUUUAUAGAAAGUGCCGUUGGACGGCAUAGAAGAAAUCGAUUUUUCAAUAACAUUAAGUGAAUUAGGAAUAACCGAUAUUCACGAAUAUUAUAAUUCGAUGAACACAAUGGAUACAGGAAAUGCCACCUUUUUAACAACACAAGCAUAUGCAUUUUUAAAUAAUGAUCCUUAUCGUAAGCAUAUACCAAAAAUUGACAAAAAUUUAUUAAAAACCCCGAAGGAGAAAAGAUGUUGGAAGUUCGAUGACAGUAAACAAAAGAAGACUUGUGCUGCUGAUAAGGAUGAAAAUAAUUGUAAGUUUUAA